AUGUUCAGGUUGUGUCUUGUCCUGGUUCUCAUCCAAGCCUUGGACACGGAGGACAUUAGCCAUCCAAGUCCUCUUCUGCACGCUCAUCUUGGAGACAAUGUGAUUCUGCAAUGCUUCUAUCCGGACAGAAAUUCUUAUAUCUCAUGGUACAAGCUAGCAGUAGGACAGAAGCCUCAACUUGUAUCAACAAUUUACAAAUAUGAUGGUGGUGCACAAUUUCACACUGAGUUUAAAGAUAACCCUCGGUUCACAGUGCAAAGUGGAAAUGGAUUUUUUCAUCUACACAUCUCCAACACUCAGCCAUCUGACUCCGCCACAUAUGUCUGUGGGGGAAUUAAUGUUAAUGUGAUGGAAUUCAAAAACGGGAUAAUACUCAUUCUGAAAGGAUCAAGCAAAACUGUUGUACAGCAACCUGUGUCUGAGUCAGUCCAGCCAGGAGACUCUGUGACUCUGAACUGUACAAUACACACUGAGACCUGUGCAGGAGAUCACAGUGUCUAUUGGUUCAGACAUGGCUCAGGAGAAUCACCUCCAGAAAUAAUUUACACCAAUGGAGACAGGAGUGACCAGUGUGAGAAGAGCCCUGAGGCUGGGUCUCAUACACAGAGCUGUGUCUACAACCUCCCCAAGAGGAACCUCAGACUCUCUGAUGCUGGGACUUACUACUGUGCUGUGGCCUCAUGUGGAGAAAUACUAUUUGGGAAUGGGACCAAGCUGGACAUUGACCAUGGUUGUAAGGAGCACCAGGUUCUCUUGGUGUACUGUCUGGGUGUAGCGUUGGCUAUUUGUGUCAUCCUCAUCAUUAUCCUUGGUUGUGUUUUGUAUAAGAUGACCAAGAAAUCCUCUCUGCUGUGCGGAGAAACGCACACUCAGUCAAGUGGUCCGGCAGUCCCCGGUUCUCAUAACCAGGAUCGAGAAGAUGAUGACACACUCACAUCGGUCCAUUACGCUGCUCUGAAUGUCAUCCACAAGAAGCCAGAGACCCAGAGACAGAGGAGCACCAUGGAGAGAGACACUGUGUACUCUGGGGUGAGACGCCAAAACAUGGACUGAAACAUCAACUUUUGCUCUCUAAUAAUAACUCGCACCGAUUUUGUGAUUUCUACACCAUAUGUGUAACUAUGGCUUUUCAUUGUGUGUUAAAAUUGUAUUCUGUCAAUCUCCUUUUAACAAUGAUACUGUUGUGCAUU